GUUCGGAUCUGACACUUUUCGGUUCAAUGGUCAUCAUGAUAUUUGUGCUGCUGCUCUUAUUCGGAGUGAUCAGUUCCUGGGCCACUGAUUAUGAAUUAUUGCUCGAGGAUCCGGACAUAUUUUCGCCGUGCACUGAAGGUCCGCCCGGAUCCAUAGACGCCCGGCAGGCAGUUAAUUUUGACGAUCUCGUAGUCGACCAGGAAGCGGAUAGACUUCGUAUCUCCGGGAACGUCACUGUCGUGUGGGAUGUGCAGCCCACAGAUCGGAUUACUGCGAGACUGGAUUUCCUUCACUACAACCGCGGUUCUUGGGAGCCCACUGUUAUUAGCAUGGCCACCCAGAACUUUUGCUCCAUCAUGUACGACAAGAACCAGUACUGGUAUAGAUAUUGGACAAGGUACAUUACCAAUCGCCUUGAGGUGGAAAAGAACUGCUUCAGAGGGCCUGCAACCGUUUUGGUACACGAGCCCUUCGAUCUCAUGCUAAAAGUAGAGAAUUUUCAUGGACCUCUUCUUAGAGGACGACAUAAAAUGGUCGUAUUGUUUAACGCACUAGAUGAGAGGAAUAUACCGCGACCAAACCCAAUUUGUUUGGAGAUCAGAGGAGAACCUCUCAAGUUGAACUAGUUGAUUGAAUCGACAAUUUUGUUGGAAAUUAUUAUAAUAAUAAUAAUACAAUAAUAAUUGCAAAAAAGAGAAAACUAGUUUCGACACUACUUAAAUGCAAUAUGAAUAUUUUAAUAAUAAUUACAUAAAUUGUAACACAUACGUUUUUAU